AUGAGGUCGUUCGCGUUGUUGCUGUUUUCGUUGCUUUACGUGUUUCUCACAUUACAUCCUCAGGCCACUGUUGGUCAAAGAGCGGCAUCUCAAAGCAACGACGAAACGUCGCACAUUGUGCUUCUUGGUUCUACCCGUGCAGAUGGAACGCGCGAGUUCCGAUGCGGUGGGUCGUACCUCGGCCGGAACAUCGUGGUGGCCGGGGCACACUGUGCCACGGGAAAGAAUCAACCACCGCUCGACACGGCACGCUUCGGGGCGGGCACAAACAACGCCCUGAACCUUCGCAUCGCCAACCACACGCUGCACUAUCGCUACAAACCGCAGUUCGAGUACCACAAUAUGGCCAUCUUUUUCCUGGAUAGAAACCCCGACAGCGUCAAUCCCGGCACGUUCAAACCGGCUUGCGUUCUACGACCGCACAUCCAGCGGGGCACGGUGCAGCUGGUAGGGGAUGGUUCGAAUGGUCGCGGGCUAUCACUGCAAACGACGGACCUGGACGUGGUGGCAUCCGACAAGUGCCACGAAUACUACAAUCCCAUUCCGAAGCUACGCUUUGGCGUGCUGCUAUGUUGUUUCUGUGCGAUGAACCCAAACACGAAGGAAUGCUCGACCCUGCACAGCUCACCGCUGCAGUACACGGUCACGCAAAACGGGAAAAGAGUACCCUUCCUGAUUGGCCACCGAUCGAUUGGGAAGGCGUGUGGUGUCAAAAGUCCGGCCGUUUACACACGCUACGGUUCCUACUACGAGUGGCUGGAAACGGUCACCAAUCUUCCGCUAGAUGCUGCUGGUUGUUUUAGCCGCUACUAACUGGAGAAGACGUCGAGCAAGAUCAAUUGCGUUGAACCUUCCCACCGCGGAACCGACGUCACUGAUCGUGAGCACGUGGAAACGACCAAAAUUCCCAGAGUAUUCGUUCGUUCUUCCCGACCAAAAACCAGUUAGAUGGUUUUGCCUAAUAUGAAACCACCCAGAGGGCAGUGGCGAAUGUUCGGUGGCAGCUCAAGGUUAACCUCACACGUUUUACAUGAUUCGGAAAUGUUUAUUAACAUGACAGAGGAUUUGAUUUAAAUAUUAAGACAAGAUCACAACUAAAUGUAUGAUUUUUGGA